CUCAACUUGACUGUUGCAAUUUCUUUCAUUUCUCAUCUCAGGACUUGUCAGCAUAGCUAUCGAGAUGCCUUCCACAACCAACAUCGACACCCGCGUCGAUAUAGCUGAUGACCUAGCAGCGGUCGAAAAGCAUGGUUCUGAUGGCGGCCUUGAGAACGCCACCGCCAUCGACCCAAAGCUGCAGAGCUUGCUUCUGCGCAAGCAAGAUGCACGCAUCAUCCCCUUGGCAGCAGGCAUAUACUUGCUCUGCUAUCUCGACCGCUCCAACAUUGGCAAUGCCAAAGUUUUAAACGCCUCAACCAAGCAUGACCUUCUCUCCGAAACCGGCAUGUCCAACUUGGACUACACCAUUGCUCUCAUGGUGUUUCUGAUUGCCUACGCGCUCUUUGAGGUGCCCUCUAACUACUUCCUCAAGCGCAUGAAGCCAAGCCGAUGGAUCUCGUUCCUCAUGUUCUCUUGGGGCACCAUCACUAUGUGUCUUGGCGCUGCCCACAACUACGGUUCUGUCACAGCUAUGCGAUUUUUGCUUGGCGUUUUCGAAGCAGGUUUAUUCCCUGGCUUGGUAUACUACUUGACAUUCUGGUACCGCCCUGAAGAAAGAUCUCUCCGUGUUGCGACAAUUCUUGCUUCAGCAACGCUUGCUGGUGCAUUUGGUGGCGCCAUCGCCUAUGGUGUCGGCCAUAUGAAUCAAGUUGGCGGCUUGUCUGGUUGGCGAUGGUUGUUCAUCCUCGAAGGUGCUCCUUCGGUGGUAUCGGCCGCAUUGGUGUGGUUUUGCCUCCCUGACUAUCCCGAGACAGCCAAGUGGCUUUCCCUAGAAGAGAAGGAUCUUGCAGCUGCCAGACUGGCCGAACAAGGCUCUCACGGAAGCAGUAAAUCCAUGACCUGGGAAGAUGCCAAGUCAACGCUCCUGGAAUGGAGACUAUGGUGCCACUACCUGAUCUACUUUGGCAUUUCGGCACCAUUCUCAAGUCUAUCUUUGUUUACACCCUCGAUCACUGCAGGCCUUGGGCCUCGUUAUGGAUGUCUUAUUGUUGCAGCUUGCGGUUCAUUCGCCUGCAUUCCUCCUCUUCUAGGCUGGCUUUCGUCCAACCUACAAUCCACAGCUGCCAUCGGGUUGGCAAUUGCGUUGAAUAUCUCUAUGGGAGCCCCUGGUCAGAUUGUGGGAGUCUGGAUUUACAAGGCCGAGGAAGCCAAAAAGGGAUAUCCAACCGGCCACUGGACUAAUGCUGGAUUGCUCUUGUUCGUGUCCGUGGGCUGUAUCGUGAUGCACUUCUACUAUGUAUGGAGGAACAGGCGUGCGGGAGCCGGGGACCCCAUCUUCAAACUUUACAACAGCGGAUAG